AUGUCUUCUUCAAUUUUACCAAACGGAUGCAGAUGCUCUACUCCAUUAACACCGAGCAAAGCCUAUCAAUGUUGUCAUUGUUUAACUUUCUAUUGCUAUCAUUGUUUAACAAAACAUCAUCAUAUUGACGUUAAACUUGAAUUUAUGGAUCUGAUCAAAAGAAUCGAUGAAAUUCUUGCUAAAUUUUUACAUCAUGCACAUAAUCAAACUGAAUGGACUGAUCAUUUAUCAGAAGAUCGAAAACUAUUACAAACAUACAUUGAAUUCAUCGACACCUACUAUACACAUUUUGCAGUUCCAGUUUUACCAGAUUCUCAAUGGGUAUAUCAUGUUAAAGAUCUUAUCGAUAACAGAAAAUAUGCUAUCUAUGAAGUCUGUGGUAAAUUAUUAUAUCCCACUGUAAAAAAUAUUUGUAAUUAG